UUAUAGGAAGUGGUUAUGAGACACUGUAUUCUAACUAAGACUCGUCAAGACACUAUAUUCCAAAUUCUCUAUUUCACUUCCUAUGACCUUUCCACGGUUUUUCCAGCGAUUGAAGAUUCACAUCAAUCAUCAACACAGUCGUCACGAGCGUUUAUAAAUGCCAGAGACAACCUUGACGACCGAACAAAAUCAACAACUCAGUUCAUUCAUUCAUCAAUGUCUCCGACACUAAUAACUCUGUCCACGCUCUUCCUCCUUGUCUUAACCCAACCAUGCCUCCACCGCAGCAUUCUCGCCGAAGCAGCCGGUGGCCGGUUCCAGCUCCUACAGAGAAGCAUUGGCAUAGCUGCUAUGCACAUGCAACUCCUCAACAACGACCGUGUCAUCAUCUUUGACCGAACCGAUUUCGGGCAGUCAAACAUCUCACUCCCUGCCGGUAAGUGCAGGACCGACCCAAACGAGACAGCUUUGAAGACUGACUGCACUGCUCACUCAGUCGAGUACAAUGUUUUGUCAAACGAGUUCCGGCCACUUAUGGUGCAGACAGACGUAUGGUGUUCUUCAGGCGCCGUAACGCCUGAUGGCCGUCUGAUCCAAACUGGUGGCUUCAAUGACGGUGAUCGAAAGGUCAGGAUUAUGAGCGCAUGUGAUGGAGGCUGUGAUUGGGUGGAGGUUGGAAAUGGACUCGCUGCCAGGAGAUGGUAUGCGACCAAUCAUAUACUGCCAGAUGGAAAGCAGAUUAUAAUAGGUGGUCGGAGAGAAUAUAAUUACGAGUUCUACCCCAAAAACGGCGCCGGAUCAAACACUUACAGUUUACCCUUUCUGGUUCAAACCAAUGAUCCGGGUAUCGAGAACAAUUUGUACCCGUUUGUUUAUCUCAAUGUGGACGGGUUUCUAUUCAUUUUUGCUAACAAUCGAGCUAUAUUGUUCGAUUACUCGAAAAACAAGGUGGUCCGGACUUACCCGGCAAUACCGGGUGGAGACCCGAGAUGUUACCCGAGCACGGGCUCUUCAGUUUUGCUUCCAUUGAAGAACUUGGGAGGACCGGGUGGUGUUGAAGCUGAGGUUCUGGUAUGUGGUGGAGCCCCGAAAGGAUCCUUUACCGCGGCUGGUAAGGGGAAUUUCGUCGGAGCUUUGAAUACUUGCGCUCGGAUCAAAAUAACAGACCCGAACCCGCAAUGGGUCAUGGAGACAAUGCCUCUCGCUAGAGUCAUGGGCGACAUGACACUGCUCCCGAACGGCCACGUUUUGAUUAUCAACGGCGCAGCGGCGGGUAGUGCGGGAUGGGAAUUAGGGCGUAAACCGGUUCUGAGCCCGGUAUUAUACCGACCCGGGAAGAAACUUGGGUCAAGAUUCGAGACCCAGAACCCGAGUACAAUUCCAAGAAUGUACCAUUCCACGGCGAUAUUGCUGCGCGACGGGAGGGUUCUCGUUGGAGGUAGUAAUCCCCACGUCGGAUAUGAAUUCUCCGGAGUACUAUAUCCGACAGAGUUGAGCUUAGAAGCUUUUAAUCCGUCGUACUUGGACGUAAAUUUUGUUGGUGUAAGACCAAGAAUCGUAUCUCCGGCAACUCAAGCGAAGCUAAAAUAUAAACAGAUCUUAACGGUGCGUUUUUCUGUGACCGGAACUGUGGUUCCAGAUUCGGUGUCGGUGACAAUGGUGGCACCGUCAUUUACGACUCACUCAUUCUCCAUGAAUCAACGAUUGUUGGUUCUUGACUCAGAGAAAGCGACGAGUUUGGGGAAAUCAGUUUAUGAGAUUCGGGUCACCACACCCGGGUCGGGUAUUCUUGCACCGGCUGGGUAUUAUAUGCUAUUUGUUGUUCAUCAAGAGAUUCCCAGCGCAGGCAUUUGGGUCCAUCUCCAGUGAAUUUGAAUUUCUUUCGCCAACUCCUUUUCAGAAAAAAAAUAAAAUCAAGGUUUUAUUAAUAGUCCCAUACAAAAAUGUAUUAAAGAAUUACUACAAUAAUAUGAUUAAAAAAAUCAUUGUUUAGAUUGAAGCUCAAAUUUGGAGUA